ACGUCAGGGGGCGUGUCCAAACAAAGGACAGAGGGGACUCUACAAUGGGAGACAGUUUUCAUGAGCAGCUGUUAGAGGACAGCGCCUUCCUCAGAGCUGACCGCAGACUGGACACAGAGCUGGUGGACAAACUCACCCUGCAGCUCAACAGAAUCUACCCGCAGAUCCUCUCUGACAAGGAGGCCACCAAAUUCCGAAACUUGGACGUGCCCACAAGUGUUCGACUGGGGGAGCUCCUGACACACCUGCAGGGGAGAGGAGAGGAAGCAUGCAGGGAGUUUUACAGAGCUCUUCACUUGCAUGUAGAGGAGGUAUACUACAGCUUGCCCACACGGCUCCGCCUCAGAGAUUUCUUAGAUCCACUUGCGUAUCCACGUGUCUACCAACAGAGAUAUGUUCUGAACGACAGAGGUCCCCUCUUCUUUCUGGGCUGUUUCAGCGUUGCAGCAGGAAUGGCUUUACUCUACUACUACAGUGAAUCUAAAGUGACUGGAGGUAGCCGGGCCCUCGGGAUGGCUGCUCUGGGUUUGAAAAGAAAAGCUCAGGAGGUUCUCAUAUGGUACACUGAAGAAGGCCUCAUGAAGUAAAAGGGGGGGGACCUUCACACCAGUUGCUUCAGCAGUAUUGCUCUUAUGAAUGCUACUUGUACCAAAGCACAGCACACUAUAUCUUUUCAGGAGUUGAAUACUAAUUUUGUACACAGUUUUAUAAAGUUUUUUGGUUGUGAUCUAAAAUGAGAAAGAUGGGGUGAAUUCAGAGCUACAUUUGGUACGUUGCUCUUAUUUCUUCAGAUGUUAAUACCUAUUUAAGUGGGUUAAUGGGACUGAAUACACUCGGGGGAUGAACACAGUGAAAUCAAAAACAAGCUGAUUAAGCAAGUUGUUCUCGCUACAACCUUUAAAUGUGGAAUAAAACAGCUUUUGCAAACCAAUUAAACAAAGUAAUACAAUAUUCACUGCACUGGUGACAAAAUCAGGCAUUUUAAAUAGCUAAAUAUUAACAAUUGGAUGUACCUUCUUGACUUUAUGUGUACAAUUUUCAGCACUACAUAAAAUACAUUUUUCAGCCAUUUAACAAUUAUCCUUUAAUGCAGAAAGCAACAACCUGCAUUUGAUAUUUGCUUCCUUAAACUCUGGUGCUGAGACUCAUUUAUUACAUUUAUUUUGGUAGUGAUGAAUUAAACUUCCUUUUCUGCAUAGUUACCACUGAUGUUAAGCAUACUGAAAUACACUUUAAUGUGCUCCCCAAAUUCAGUCAGAAACAAAGAUUUGCUUCAACCUUUUGAGGCUGAGCUCUUUGUAGAACAUAACCGCCAUCUUGUGGCCAAAAGUGAACUAAAUCACCAAACUGCACACACGUGUUGGUUUGUGUUGGUUUCACAAUAGCUUCCCAAAAUUAUUCCGCUCACAUUUAGACAAAAAAAAGGUAUUUAAGCACGUCAACAGCAAGAAGUAAUAUCAAGCCGUGUCCGUAUAAUAACACUUUAGACGAACUUUGCAGUCACGUGGUUGCUUCUGCCAAUGAUAUCCUUCGCUACCAGCGCAGUGCCUUAUGGGUACAGUUACUACCCAAACCAAAACAUACAAAUGUUAAAUGUAGAGUCGUAAUAAUGAAGCGUAAAUUAAUUGAAUCUGUUUUAAAUCAAAUUUACGACAGCUGCGUUAAAUCCAUGUAAGUAUUGUAACAAUCCGGAAAUUGUACCAUAAGUCAAACCGACUUGCAUAAGUCAGGGUAUAUAUAGUCACGUGUUGCCUUGUCAUCAAUGUGUUGUAUGAAAGGAGAGAAGGUUAGCACUCCCCUUGACAAGGAUGGAAUUGGCCCUAGUGGCCAUCAACACACAUACGGUUAAGGCACUGCCACCUACUUCGUGGCAUCUAUAACCAUAUUUUUUCAUCGGUAUAAUUUUGACUUUCUCUUAACAAUGCAUUACUAUCCCGUAACUUUCUAUUUACUAAUCGCUUUUUUCACCAUUUACUCUAAGACCAGAGUCAUGCCUUAAUACUUUCCAGUGUCUUUUUUUUCUGCUGGGUGGGGCAGGAUGUGAACUUUAUGUUCCCGUUUGGCCUGCAGCAUAUAGCUCACUGCAGAAUACACGGAUAACUGAAACAUCUCACAGAAGCAUUACACUCAGUUUGUGAGAGUUAAAGUACAUUUGAAUGUUUAUAAAUUCAAACCCAGCUAUAUAUAUUGUAUUGUAGUGUGGAUAAAAUAUUGAUCUUGAUAAGUUAAAAAGUUAAUUAGUUUACCCCAAACAGGCAGAUAUAAUUUGAUAUUACUCAGGCAGUUUGUAAACCAUUUAUUUCAAAUAUAUGACACAGAGAAGGCUCUCUGAACAUACCAGUAACUAUCGUGAUGGUGCUUUGUUUGAAACUGUAUUUCUUUGUGGUUUUCAUUAUGGUGGGUAAACUUCAGGAUAUCAGAAGCCAAGACCCGAAACACCUGAAACCUUUUCAAGUGCAUGGCUUUGUUAUUUGUGUACUCGACAAUUUUGUAAUAUUAUUCUAAAAGGAAAUAUUGAUUUUGAAUGCCUAAUAUCUACUCAUUGCGUCCAGUGCCUGACCGUUUGUUACAUGUUACUGUGUCAUGUCAAGUGCCAUCAUUUGUAGGACUCAGACUUUUGUCUUGUAUUGUAUUGUAUUGUACAAUAAAAAGAAAUGCAUGAUAAGAAUAAACAGGACAAUAAACACA